GAGAAUUUGUUUUCUGUGGGAGUGUUCUGUAAAGCAAUUUUGUGAACAUGACUCUGGCUGGGAAGCUGGUGAGUGAAGUAGAAAUAAACACACCUCCCCAUAGAUUUUACAAACUCUUUAAAGAACAAAUUGCUAGCAUUCCAAAUAUUUCUCCAAACUUAAUUCAAAAUGUUCAAAUUCAUGAUGGGGAUUGGAGCAAACAUGGUCAUGGUUCCAUCAAGCUUUGGAACUAUACUAUUGAUAAUAGGGCUGAAGUUGUCAAAGAACGAGUUGAAUUUGAUGACAAAAAACUUGUGAUAAGAGUAGUUGGAUUGGAAGGAGACGUGUUUGAGCAUUACAAAACCUUCAUUGGAACGUACCAAGUUAUCCCAAAAGGACCGAAUCGUAGCGGAAUAAUUUUUACCUUGGAAUAUGAGAAACUUCGUGAUGGUCCUCCUUACCCUCAGAAGUACCAUGAGGCUAUGAAUAGUCUUGCUAAGGACAUUGAAGCUCACCUGAAGUAAUAAGAUUCUACAUAUGUCUCAUGUGUCUGUUGCAUUAUGAUAUGAAUAAGUACGUUGUGUUCCAGUUGAUUGUACAAGAUUGUGAGGAUUUUGUUCAAAUAAAUAAUGGUUAUCCUCAUGUAAAAUGAAUGAAACUCAACUAUGCUAUCUUUUGGUAUCUAAUAAGGUUUAAAAUUAUGCA